GGCUCACGGCGUGACGUCAGGGAAAGGGGCGGGGCGUGCAGGAGUAAGCGCGCCGGCGGGUUCAUUCAUAAGGAGCAGGCGCGCUCGGCGGGGCGGUCCCGAGGGGAGCAGGUCUCCCCCGGCGAUGAAGAGGAGCGGGAUGCGCUGGUGGCUCGUCACCGUCCUGGGGGUGCUGAGCGGACCCGGCGCAGGGGCCGGGAGCUGCGGUCCCCGGGAGCACGGGACGCCGGGAUGCCCGCCCGGAGAGGAGCCCACGGGGGCGUGUGGCUCGGCGCAGGGCCCGGUGGGGACAUGCCGAGCUUGUCCCCCCGGCACCUUCUCUCCGGGGGACGUAUCCUGCUCCACUCACACCCACUGCCGGGCCAGGAACAGGAUCCUGGUGGCACCCGGGACGGCGGUGACCGACAGCCACUGCGGAGCCUGCCUGCCGGGGUUUUACAGCCCUGAAGGGGAGAGGGAGCCCCGGGGCCGGUGCCUGCCCUGUGCCACCGCUCCCCGCAGCACUCCGGGGUGCCCAGGCCGGCGACGAACCCGCAGCCCCGAAACACUGGGCCGGCCGGCAGGGACCAACGGGACACGGGUGACCCUGAUGGGUGAGGAAGAGGAGGAGGCAGCGGCGGCGGCGCAGGCGGCCCUGCUGACCAUCGUCCCGGUCUUCUGCGCCAUGGGAUUGUUGGGCAUCCUGGUCUGCAACCUGCUGAAGAAGAAGGGCUACCACUGCACCACCAGCAAGGACCCCCAGCCUGGGGGCACUGGUCCCAGCUCCAUCUACCAGCUGGAGGACCCCAACGAGGACACCAUCGGGGUGCUGGUGCGGUUGAUCACUGAGAAGAAAGAAAACGCCGCGGCGCUGGAGGAGCUGCUGAAGGAGCAUCAGGGCCAACAGGCGAUGCCACCACCGGGUUGCACCCCCCCAAAUAAGCUGCACCUCCUGCCUCAGUUUCCCCCCGCCUGCCGGCACCAGCAGCACCUCCACACCGUGCAGGGGCCGGCCCCGUGCGCCCGCUGCAGCCAGAAGAAGUGGCCCGAGGUGCUGCCAUCCCUCAGUGCCACCAAGGUCCCCAAACCCGCAGGUCGCCCCGGUGAGGUCACCAUCCUCUCUGUCGGCAGGUUUCGGGUGUCCCGGAUUCCCGAGAUGAGGAGCGAGAUCGGGGGUGAACCCCUUCGUGGUCCCCUCCCCGCUGGUAGCGGGAUGCGGCCAUGGGAUGGUUGAAAAGCACUGAUGGCCCCCCCGAGCUGGCAUCUGGCCUGGGGGCUGCCUCGGGGGGGCGGUGACACCCACAAAGACCCCAUGGGCAGGAUGAAGGACAUUGGGGACCACAUGAAAGCCAGUCCCACUUAGUGCCAUGAAGCUCUAGAGGUGGCAGCUUGGCUUCUGCUCCUGCCACCAAGGUGUCCACCGGCAGCACAGCAAAUCCAACGUCUUGACCAACUGGUGAGAAGGAUUCCCCAUCCCCGAGGUCCAGCGGUGGCCUGAUGGAGAGCAUCUCCAGGAGCUGCGACACCAGAGCACAGCUCCAUCAGAGGCAUCAUGCAACAGAGGAUGUCAUGCAGUCAGGAUGCCAUUCCAUGCUCACCUUCUGGGUCUGUUGAACUGAAGCCUCUCCAGGAACAUCAUAAGCUCUUGAUUUCCCUCCAUCGCCACGUGCCAGCACUCAACAUCACAGUCUAAUGAUGGUCUCUGGAUCAUGGGACAACUUCCACCUUACCAACAACCCAAAUGGGGCAUGGGUUGCUCUGGCCAAAGCUGGUUUCCUGCAUCCACAUCUCCUCUCUCCAAAGUCUCAGUCAUCCCAGAAGACCAUGGCGGUGAUGCUCUGCUCGCCAUGAAGAUCACACACUCCGCUUCCCGUCGGAGCUGUUUGUAUAGGAUCACGUUGGCUUGGCCAUGUCGAGGUCAAUGGGACAACCCACUCAAGGUUGGGUUGGAGACCCUCAAGCUCCACCACCAACCUAAAAACGGGUUUAUGGCCGGUCCCGUUCACUUCUCCACCACAUCACCGCGCCAAAAAACCAACCACCAAACCCUCUCGGGCUCUUUUAUUU